CACGCUACGGCACGGAACAAGACUGGCUUUAACCUCGUAUCCCCGUCCAGUGAUUGGAACUUUCUCGUUAAGGAUUUCAUCUAUGGAUCUACAUUAGAAAUCAGAUUAUAGCAACUCCAGGAGCAACUCUUAUAAGAGGACCCGAUCCGGUUGAGGCCUCAGUUGGGUUGUGGAUCCAGGUGUGUUAGGAGGGAACAUGUGGGGCCAUACGCAGGUGUCUCUGUUGUUGGUGGCUCUUGUUGUGUUGGCCACAGUGACCAGCACACCGGCUCAGAUAAUCUUCCCAGAGACUCCAUCAGACUCGCUUUGCACAGCUCACACCGGAGACCCUGGACACUGUAUCAACAUCAAGGAAUGUCCGCUUAUACACGGGAUCUACCAUAACACUACACCAGUCCUGUGUGGCUUCAAUGGCCGGUUUCCAAUCGUCUGUUGCCCACAUUCAAACGGAGGCAACACAGCGCCCAUCGUGGACAUCUCUCCACCUGCUGUCAGCUUCCAAUGUGGGACAAACCCCCGGAAAAGUUUUAACUUGUUAAUCUCGAGUCCUGAUGAGGAGUUCAUCUUAAGGCCAGAUGCUACCUCCAGUGAUGUGGCUGCCAGUUUCAUCCCCAAUCGCCCCGAGGGGUCUGGCAUCCCCAGUCGCCCUAUGGGGUCUGGCAUCCCCAGUCGCCCGGAGGAGUCUGGCAUACCCAGUCACGCCGAUGGGUCUUUCUUCCCCAAGCAACCUGAGGGACCUCGCCCUGGGAUUCCGGAGUCAGCUUUCAAGGAUCCGGCAGCACAUGUGGCACGUGAUCCUCCUCCUCCUCCAAGGCGUCCAAAAGCUGCUUUUAAUGUUGAGUCUCUGGCUAAAGAAACCUUCCAACCUUCUCCUGGGGGAAUCCUUGAAGAUCUAGGGGACACUGUGCCCAUAAUUUUACAAGCGGUUGGUGGAAUAAUAGCCGAAAAGAACGCCUGGCCAUGGAUGGCGCUGAUAGGGGACAACGAUAAACAAGGCUUCGUCACUUGGUUCUGUGCAGGAGCGCUCAUCAACGAGCAGUGGGUCCUCACAGCUUCCCACUGUUUCUUGUUCAGGGCUGCUCAAGUGGUGCGUCUGGGUGAACAUGACUACAAUGAUAACGGAGACGGCGCCGCUCACGAGGACUUCAAGGUAGAAGGUGACCCCAUCUUCUACCCAGAGUUCAAACCCCCAGAGGCCUACCAUGACCUGGCUCUCCUUAAACUGGAUCGAAGAGUAAAAUUAAAGCCAUUCAUCAACCCGGUGUGUCUACCGUGGGGGCAGGAGAGCAUCAAUGACCAGACUGGCAAGAAGGUCACUCUCACUGGCUGGGGUGACACUCAGUUUGGUGGAAAACCAAGCUCGGUGCUGCAGGAGGUGGAGGUAACAAUAUUCCCAUUCUCAGACUGUGACAAAAGCUACUCUACUUUGUUGGGUUACACCAGGCAGUGGCCCAGAGGCAUCGGGAAGGAGACCGUGUGUGCUGGAGACCGAGCGGGAGGAAGAGACGCCUGCCAGGGUGACUCUGGUGGUCCCUUGGUGUUAAGGAACUCGGCUGGGCAAUACACCAUGGCAGGUGUCGUGUCUCGCGGGUACGGCUGUGGGCACAAGGACUUCCCCGGCCUGUACGCCAACAUCCAUGAGGAGCAGUACCUCGCCUGGGUCAAGAAGGUCGCCUUCUAAGAACACCUUCCUCCUUCACAAGACUUUCUGACCAAAUCUGGAAUCCAAUUUUCAUCAUAUAAAUACUUAAAAAAAAAUUCGUCACCUUCAAUUGUUAAAUUUCUUCAGUGUAGUCAACAGGUGUGACCCAAACCCCAAUUAUGAUUUAAAGAAAAGAUAAAUAUUUUGUAAGAUAAUUAUAAGAUAGUUGACACAUUAGGUCACUACACAAACUAGUGUGACCAUUAUUAUAUGACUGUUAUUAAAGGUUUGAGUCACAAGCAUAGUUGACAUCAACAAGGUUAAUGGUACAUAACUUAUGGGUGAAGUGUGUCACUGUCCAGAAAACAUCUUUCACCACACCCAUUAAUGAAUAAAUUAUGUGUUCACCUUGACCUUGUUAUAAUAUGAAUAACAAACAAGUUCAAUAUCAAGUUAUGAAGUUCUUACUCUGAAAUUUUACUGACAACUGAAAUGUAUCAUUGUUAGUCCAAUAAAUUAUUACACAUGAUAAUUGUUAUAGGAUCCAUUAAGUUCUUUUAUGCUAUCAUUUUAGAAUAAAUAUUGAUCACCUGA